AUUGGCAUGAUGCAGAGCUGAUGCGAGAUAUUGAAGCUGCAACAGGGGAGGACCUCGGUUCUGAUCGCGUUCCUGGGAAGAAAAGGAAAGGGAAGAAGAAGAAGUAUCCCAACCUGAGUGAUCUGAAGCAGAGCAGCAACACAACCCGCUCCAGGCUGGAGAAAAAGGUUUUUAAUAAGAGCUCCAUGCGCAGAGUGGCUCAGGUGAUGAUUAAAGCUGACCGGAGGAAACACGACAAGUUCUCCAACCAGUUCAACUACGCUCUGCACUGACCUUCCUCUGCUUCCAUCUGUCUUCUGAUGGUUCAGAUGACUGAAUGAAGAUUACCAGCUCUAUUUUUACACUUUUUUAGCGGUUGAUUUGAUGAAAAAGAAGUUUUUUUUGUAGAUGUCAUUUUUUGGUGUUCGCAGUGCUUUGAGCAGUCGUCUUACGGAUGAGUUGAAGGUUUGUUUUCAGAAUAUUUUAUCUUUGUAGAGAAGUAUAGUGUCUGAGUGUGUUAAUGGAUUAUUAAUGAUAAUUAUGUGAUAAUGGAUGUUAAUUGAGGGAACAGAUUGUUGUACAGUGUUGUAACAUUUUUUAAAAAGAUGCUGUUAUUGAUUUAAUAUUUAUUGUUAAUGUUGUCUUUAUUGUAAAAUUACCAUCAUUUGUACUUUUUCUGAUAUAUUUUUUUCUUUGGUUGGUUGAUGGAGAUGUUGGGAUUAAAAUAAAGGUGAUUUGUAGCUGAAGAA